AACACAGUUCCUAGUUCCUGACCCCGGUCUUAUGUGUGCACCUGUGUGAACGUGCACACAUUCUGAGGAAGUUCCCAUGUUACCAGGGACCACAUCAACAGUGGAACAAAACAUAGCAGUGGUCCUGAAUCAACUCUGCACAGCUAGAACUGUCAGCACAACUUGAGCAGCACAGGCUUCCUGCCCCCGGCACCCGAACAUCUUUCAGUUUAAUUUUGGUGUCAUAAUCGCAUACUGCAACAAGCAGUGCAGACAGACAGACACUGUGGCUUUUGAAGAUGUUGCGAUUGCUGUUUCUGUGUCUGAUGUUGACUCUCCAAGGAUCUGCUGAUACAUUUACUUCAGAGCAGAGGGAAGGAUCAGCAGAUGAACUAGAUGAUGAUGAUGACGAUGGGACAAGACAAGAGACUAUAAUAAACAAUAUGACAAGUGAAGAGCCUGAAAUAAUCUCAAAAUAUAAUGAUUUAAAUAUGGAUGCAGACAAGGCAACAGGAGAAACAGAAGAUGGAGUGACUAUUAUUGUCAUUGUGGCAGCUGUGAGUGUGGUGGCAAUAAUUGCCACAGUGAUUGUAGUCAUAGUGUUUAUGCGGCGCCGAAUGCACAACCGACAACAGGGAAUCUACACAGUGCCUGCAGAACAGGGAUUGAAAGGAGCGGUCUAGCCACAUGAUAGUGUUGCUGUCCCAUUGGAACCCUGCCCAGGAGAACCAAUGAACAGAGCUCUACACCAUCAUGUCCUCUGGCUUAGGAAGAUAAACACUGCAAACAAGUCUGCCCUUACUAAACCACUUCCUCCUCUCCUAUCUGGGACUGUCUGUUAAUGUGUCACGGGCCAGUCCCUUCACAAAGCGAGUGUAACUCUAUUCUGUCUUGUUUUUGUAUUUCUGCCACAGACAGUCCAAAGUAUGUGUGCACGUUUAUGCUUGGGACAUGUAGCAAUAUCUCUAACACUGUUCAUUAGAUUGUAUUGAGAAACCAUGAAGCCAAUGAACGCAACCAAAUGUAACCAUUAAAUCUGCCCAAAAGCAUAUUUUUAAGAGCAGAUAUCCUGCUAAAAACUAUUUUAAUUUCUUUGUGACGUUUUUUUUUUUGAACCGUCGUGUUUAAAUGAGAGAAAUAUGUUUAAUCCACCUUAAAACCACCCAAAACCCAAAAUUUCCCAUUCACCUUUUUGACAACUCAGCCCCAUGGUGAUAACAGCCAAUCUUUGGAAAAAAAAAAGAUAUAUGGAAAAAAACAGUUUGGUUUUUCUGAACACCCACUUGUGAGGCAUAUAAUUAAUAGACAUCUGUGCCUGAUUGUUCUUUUCUCUUAAACCCUUCAACACAAUUUCUCUUUUUCUGUUUUAAUCACCGCGGUCCAAACAACCAACACGUCACAAAUUGUAAAAGCUCUUGGCUGGAUGAGGAUAGGCAGAUGAGUAUUUUGGUGCCUGGAAGGAAAUGUAAGGGGUUGAAAUCGAGAGAAUCAAGUGCAUGGGUGGGGGAGGACUGGGGAAAUACCCACCAUGUUUCAUUUAUAUAGGGUCAUUCCAUAUUCACUUUCUCUCCCUCUCAUUCUUUUCAGUAAAAUGGAAUUAUAUUGUGCUCCGUAGAUACACAUUUUUGGGCCAUGGUGCAAACUGGCUUAUGUCUGACUCUGCAUAACAGUAAAAGGAAGUUGUUUUGACAGGGGUCAGAUGACUGAGGAAGGUGGACAUGAUCUGCUUUAGCAUGACUGAGGUUGUGAGAAUUACACCAAAGCCCACAGCCGCUUUAGUGUGAUGUUAGUGCAGGAAUCACUGGGUCUGUCAAAACAGCAUGCCCACUGUCUUCCUCCACUCAACCUCACUGCUGUAAUGUCAUCAGCGGGGGGUGGGCUUGGCUGGGUUCCAGGCAGUACAAAGACAACUUUGUCUUAUUAGAGCCUCUAUCUGACUUUGGCUUACCUGGUUCACUCAAAAAUAAUUUCCCCACUCUGUUUAAGUUUGUGAAUUAGGAUUUUUUGUGAAUUAGUAGCUGUUGUUACUAAUUGUUAGAUACAUGUUCUAACUGCAAAGGGUGUCGUAUGUGUGUGUGUUUGGAGUCUGCAGGUAUUUGGGUUUGGGGUGAUUGUGUAAAAAUGGUUUGACUUAAGAUAAUUAGUCCGGCAGGCCUUUAUAAAAGAAUAUAAAUACAUUACUCAUUUUAUUUGGUAUUCUGUGUACUUUCUCUCCUGAAAACAACUUAUAUCUACAAAUCAGAUAUGCUGGUCACAGGGCUGUGAGUAGUCUAUCACUAUUAAAUAGGAUUUCUGUAUAAACCAUUUUGUUUCUGCAAUCUAAAGUACUCUAUGAAAAACAUUAAUGGGAGUGUUUUGAAUCAGCCAUAAACCAAACAAUGGCAAACAAACAAAACAAAAGCAGUUGUCCUCUGUUUUUCAGCCAUGCAUUGCCUUGGAUGUUAAAAUAUUGGAGGGAAACUAUUGUAAUUUUUCAAGGCCUAUUUCUAUCCAAUCUUUUUUUUUUUUAUCAAGAGAAAGUAUUACUGAGUUCAGCCAAUCCCUGAUGCUGUCAGCCACUCUCCAUGGUCCAUUGCCUUUUACAAGUCAUUGUACACAAACAAAUUGGAAAAAAAUAUAUUUGGUGAGGGGUUUAGAUUCAUGUAUUUUUUAAUAGCCUACAAUGUUACAGAAUUGUGCGUUAUGUCUUUUGAAAAUAUAAAAAAAUAAUGUAUAGUACAUAUGAACAAGCUAAAUUUGCGUUUGAUCAUUUUCAGGGAUAAGAUUUCCUAUGCACAGCAAUACUUCACACAAAUGUGUAUAACUUUUAGAAAAGAUUUAAGCGGCUUUGUUUAUUGUGUUGUGUUUUUAUGAGAUGUCAGUGUAACCUCAAUAUUGAAAUUAUAUUUUUGUUAUAUUUUGUAACCACAUGCUGUCAUUUUAAUCAUUGGUCUGAAUCAUUAACAGAUUGUGACAUGCGGUAGUAACAUUUUUCAAUAAAUUUGUAAUGACA